AUGGAGAACAAAAUGGAAGAUCUCUUCAAUCUAGAGUCUGAAAUCGUAGAUAUGUCCAUGUCCAUCGACACAAUGAAGACUGAUGAUCACGGCAGCAAUGCAGAAAUACCAUGUGUUCAGAGUUCUCCAGAGCAUGAUUUUGAGUUCCUAGAAGGCAGGCUCCACAGCAUCAGAGAAGCCAUUGCAAAUGUUGAGCUACUUCUGGACAACAGCCUCUUCUGUGGCACACCGUCAAGUCUAUCACUCCAUUCAUUCAUCGUUGAGAUGCUGGAGACCGUUGAGGCCGUCUUUGGCGAUGGAUCAGAGAGCAGCUUCGGCUUCCAGGAAGAAAACAACUUUCAACGCACCAACUUCAUGUUUGACUGCAUCGUCAAGUCGCUGGACUCGAAGUUCCGCGACUUCAGAAAAUGCGGGUACAAGGCUUUGUUGUGA